AUGUGGGCCAAGCUCAUGACCGAUGUCGCGGUGGCCGCCAACUUUGGGGUUCCGAAUCGCAGCUACCCUCCGAUCUGGCAAGACUAUGAGGGUAGCUGCGACCCAGCCAGCUCGUGCGAAGCCCAAGUCGUGGAGGGCCUUGCAGAGCUGCAAGCUGCGUCGCAGGCGCUGAUCCUCACCUUCCUGGGCGCUGCCUACCACGCUUAUGGCUAUGUGUUUUAUGGCUACGUCCACUUUGAGCCGGACUGGACGAGAUAUGGCACCUUCACCAGGGUGCGCAAGAUCGCGAAAGCCAUUCAUGGCGUAGUGGACUCGUAUGCAUGGAGAAGAUCUGGUGCUGAUCAGGAUCAACACGUGAUAGUGAAGCGAAUGCCUGGUGCAAAUGUGCAUCAGAACGAAACAAAAUGGCCCAAUGACAUGCUGGCUCAUUUCAAUCCUCGGGAUGCCAAUGUGCCUUACUGCGAGGAUGCACUCACCGAAAUUGGCGUGUUCUCCUAUCUGAGGCGACAGCCAGAUGUACCACAGUAUUUGUUGAAGAUGAUUGGUGCUUUUACUGAUGGCCCUGGAGGCAGUCAUGUGGAGAUGCUGAUGCACUGGGGUUUGAGCCUUUUGUGA